GUUUGUUUUACUCGGAGGAGGGGUGGGAUAAAAAUCCACCACCUCCCGCAGCAGCAGUGACACGUCGGGUGGGGGGAAACGGGGAGAAGCACCAGACGGCGAAGCGGUGAGUCGCAAAGGUUGACGGGUCAACGAGGAAGGACAAUAAGCGCUGACUGCGCGGCGCUCGGGUUUUGAGUGACAGCGGCUAACGGCUAGCAGCCCGCCCGCAUCGUCAUCACCUGUUGUGACGGACGAUGCGGUUUAACGUAACGGACGUCUCGUGACCCUUCAACGACAUUCCACGCCCCGUCCGGACGCGUGCGUGUGUGCCUCCCCCUACCCCUUUCCCUUGUGGUGAGAAGGCCCCGGCACAAUGUUUUAUGCCCACUUUGUCCUCAGCAAGCGUGGGCCGCUGGCCAAAAUCUGGCUGGCGGCCCACUGGGACAAGAAGCUGACCAAGGCACACGUCUUCGAGUGCAAUCUGGAGAGCAGCGUCGAGAGCAUCAUCUCGCCCAAGGUGAAAAUGGCUCUGCGGACAUCGGGGCACCUGCUGCUGGGGGUGGUGAGGAUCUACCACAGGAAAGCCAAGUACCUGCUGGCUGAUUGUAACGAGGCCUUCAUCAAGAUCAAGAUGGCGUUUCGACCAGGCGUGGUAGAUCUUCCAGAGGAGAACAGAGAAGCAGCCUACAACGCCAUCACGCUGCCCGAGGAGUUCCAUGACUUUGACCAGCCACUACCAGACCUGGAUGAUAUUGACAUUGCCCAGCAGUUCAACUUGAACCAAAGCAGAGUGGAGGAGAUCACUAUGAGGGAGGAGGUGGGCAACCUAAACCUGCUGCAGGACAAUGACUUCGCUGACUUUGGCAUGGACGACCGUGAGAUGAUGCGGGAGGAGAGCUCGUUUGAGGUGGACAUCAUGGGAGCGUCGGCUUCCAACCUGCUGCUGGACGCUGAGGGUGCAGCUAACGCGAUGGCUGACAAGUCCAACCAUCUGGAGUACGAUGACCAGUACAAGGACGACUUCGGAGACAAUCCCAUCGCGAGCAAUGAGGAGGGCAUGCUUGUGGACAAGCUGCUGAGCAACGAGGAUGGCGACGGCAUCUUUGACGACCCCCCUGCCAUCGCAGAGAGUGUGAUGAUGCCUCAGGACCACGGAGACGACGACGACGACUUCGAUGCACUGUCAGCGGGAGCUCCGGAUAGUCCAGAUUCAGGUCCAACGAAGCCGCUGCCGGCCACGGCAGACCAGACAGAACAGACCAGCCUGGUUCACAACGAGGAAGAAACCUUCGCCCUGGAGCCGAUUGACAUCACAGUGAAGGAGACCAAGGCGAAGCGCAAGAGGAAGCUGAUCGUGGACAGCGUGAAGGAGUUGGACAGUAAAACCAUCCGUGCACAGCUGUCUGAUUACUCUGACAUUGUCACCACGCUGGACCUGGCCCCUCCCACCAAGAAGCUGAUGAUGUGGAAGGAAACGGGAGGAGUUGAGAAGCUGUUCUCCCUCCCCGCCCAACCCCUCUGGAAUAACAGGCUGCUGAAGAUGUUCACAAGGUGUCUGACACCGCUGGUGCCAGACGAGCUUAGGAGGAGGAGGAAAGGUGGAGAGGCUGACAGUUUAGAUGAGUUCCUCAAGGAUCUGGAGAACCCGGAGGUGCCCAGAGAGGAAACAGCAGGACACCAGCAGAGAGACAUCAUGGACCAGACCCUCAUGGAAGAGGCCAGUGUUCUGCAGACUUCUGCUGUGGAAGGCAGCAGGACCACGCUGGACGAGUCGGUCAUGCCCCCCCCAUCCCCUCAACGUGGCCUCAAGCGCAAAGCCCAGGACACAGAAGCAGCCCUGCCUGUGAGCUCAGAGAUGGGAACUUUGGACCAGCAACAACCAGCGCAGGAGCCAAUCAACGAGUCCCAGCAGCUGGAAGCAGCCGGAGUGGAUCUGGCCCCAGAGGAAACCACCAACAUCAGCCAGAUGAUAGAGUUGGACCUGCUCGGAGACAAGGACAAGAAGAAGAACGAUGACAACUCGGAUGACGAGGAGGAGGAGGUGCAGGGAGGAGACCAAGACCAGGAGGAGAGGAGGUGGAACAAAAGAACCCAGCAGAUGCUCCAUGGCCUCCAGAGGGUGAUGGCCAAAACGGGUUCCCAGUCAAUCGGCCUGCUGGAUCUGUGCAGGAACAACAAUAAGAAGCAGGCAGCCGCUAAGUUCUACAGCUUCCUGGUCCUGAAGAAGCAGCAGGCGGUGGAGCUCGUCCAGGAGGAGCCUUACAGCGACAUCAUAGCGACGCCUGGAGCUCGCUUCCACAUCAUCUAGAAAAACACUACUUUAAAAGGACUCCUUAGUGUAUAUUCCGUAGGUUUGGUCUUCUUAUACGUAUCAAUCAGUGGUGAGAGGAAAGAUGUCUGAAUAACACGGUUGAGUUUUGAGGAGCUUUCUUUCGUGACAAAUACCACAGUGGGGAUCAAAUACUGAGCACUUUUCCUGUCUUUUAUUAUCAUAACUCAAUUUAUAGCGAAUCUCGUAGCCAGGGGGAAAAAAAGUGAGCACUUUGCAUUCCUUCUUCAUUUGGAGUUUCUUUCUACUCCGUGUUUUUCGAGCCGACGUCACUGACUUUCCUCAAGAAGCCGUUGCGUUUCCAUGGUAUAUUUAAAAGAAACAGUACUAUCAAAGUGGGAGUGAUCACGCCAUCGACCGUGCUACUUGGAGCCGCACCGCUCCCACCACUGUAGGCAAAAAAUGUACACUGACAUUAGCAGAAUGGAGCAUGCACUAUUUCCAGUAUGCCAGAGUACAUUUAAACAGUCACUACAGUAGUGAUAUGCAGGUUCACCGAGCCACCAACCAUUGUACAACUGUAGCGGAGCACUUCAAGCAUUACAAAAGCCAAGUGUUUGUUUUUGCAAAGGCUUGCAUCGUCGACUGUUUGCACAAAGCUAUAGUUGUGUUCCAAAUCCACACAAAAAGAAAGGAGCGUAAUUUUCUGCAUAUAGUGUGUAGAUGUUAAAAACAGAUGUUAUUAGUGAUCUGCACUAGUUGCAUGCACUGUUCAUUUAGAGUGGAACAGCUACAGACGAUAACAGUUUUACAACCAUGUUGCUCUUUUAUUCUUACUUGAAGACUUGAAGUUCGGGACAGAUUUUUUAUUUAUUCAGUGUCCCUUUUAUAUAUGCAUUGAAUUCCUCCCUGUGUAAACCAACGAGAUACUUAAUCAAUAUAAAUGUAUUGAUGUAAUAUAUAUAUAUAUAAUUUAUGAGAAUUCAUUUAAAGACCAAAUGGAUUUAUAAUGUAAAAAAUGGCUUGAUAAAACAAUCAAGUGAAGUCUGAAUGAACAAAUGUUGUGAACGUUGUCGUUUGGACUAUAAACGGAAAGAAAAAAAUACUAUGGCUUCAAUUUAGCCGACAUUACACAGCGUUCAGUAAAAACAAGCAGACCACUGACAAAACAGGUGCAUGCGUUUCUUUUUAUAUCCACUUCCAUAUAAAAUGUACAUCACGUGAUGUCCGAGUGCUUCUCAUGUUCUAAACUAUGUGCCGGUGAACCUGCCUUUUCAUUUUGUAUAAAAAGCCAAGACAAAUCUUCGGAUCUCCAAAAUAACUUCCUCAGCAGUUCCAGUCCUGUGCCUGUACGUCCUGGGAACUGUCAAAAACAUUUUUCUAAAUAAAAUAAAUACCAUGAGCGUUA